AUGGCGUUUAGCCGGUGUGGUUCGCGCUUGUAUGCCUUGUCAAGGGCAACCUCCAAGAAAAUGCAGAUAUAUUCAAUGUUGACUGGGCGGCCGCUGCAGGGCUGUGAACUGCAGCUGCCGUUGCGCUUUGACAAAAUCUGCGUGUAUCCCGGCCACAAGGACCAUGUGGCGCUGAUUCGCAGCUCUGCUGUGCGAAUUGUUUCCAUAACAAAGUCUUUUGAAACAUACAUUGUGAAGCUGCAGCCGCCGUCAAUUCCGGUGGACACUGACUUGGCCGUCUCGGCAUACUGCUGGACCAACUCUGGGCAAUUCCUUGUGGCAACACGCCAGGGGCUGCUUUGCACGCUGGAUGGAGCUUCCGGUGCUUUGCAGUACGUUUGCCAAGCAGAGCAGCCAAUUACCAGCAUCACACUGACGCACGAUUACCUGGUCACUUCUCACAUCGGCAACACGCUGAAUUUUUGGGAGUUGACACCAGAGGCACUUCUUCGAAGCAGUUCCGAAGAAGCUGCAAACAUCGCUUCUGGCGUAGCGCCAGCGCCAAAAAUGGCCCUGUCCACCGGCAUGUUUCAACUGAGGAAGGUGGGAUGGGUCAUUUAG